AUUCUGUUUUUUGGUUGUCGUUAACGCAUGCCCUGAGUUUGGUUAUGGUUUGCUUUCAUUUUAUUAAAGUUUAUUUUGUAUUCAUCUUCAUUGUCCCCAUCUUCCCACAGGAGAAGCAAGCAGGAGGAAUUACUGACAUACUAUUGUAAAGAUGGAGUUUGAGGAAGAAUCCUGCAUAUUGAAAGAUGAAGAUACAGAGGAACAAACAGACCUGAUGGAACAAAGUGAAGCAGAGGAGAAACUCCAUCAAUUUCAGAUGCCCCAAAACACUCAAAGUGGAGAGAAAUGUUCUUACACCUGCUCUCAGUGUGGAAACAGACUAGCAUCUAAAUCAAGCUUGAAGAACCACAUGAGGAUCCACAAUGAAGAGAAACCCUUCACAUGCCAUCAGUGUGGAAAGAGCUUCACAUGGGCAAAAAGUCUCAAAAGUCAUCUGCUGUUACACUUAGGAGAAAGAUCAUUUGGCUGUGAUCAGUGUGACAAGAAAUUUAUUUUGGAAGAUCACCUGAAAAGGCACAUGAAAAGUCAUGCAGAUGUGAAGCCUCACGUUUGUUCUGUUUGUGGAAAGAGUUUUUCUGUACUGCAGACUUUAAAACACCAUGAGCUUAUUCAUACUGGUGUGAAAACUCAUGUGUGCAUUGACUGUGGGAAGAGCUUUAUUUCAUCCGAAAUCUUAAAAAAACACCAGAGAGUUCAUACCGGAGAGAAACCGUACAAGUGCUCACACUGUGGAAAGAGUUUCGCUCAGUCAGGAGACAUGAAAGCUCAUGAAAGAAUUCAUACUGGAGAGAAGCCACACAAGUGCUCACACUGUGGAAAGCGUUUCACUCGGCCAGGAGCCUUGAAAGAUCAUGAGAAAAAUCAUACUGGAGAGAAACAAUACAAAUGCUCACACUGUGGAAAGAGUUUUACUCGGUUAGGAACAUUGAAAGAUCAUGAGAGAGUUCAUACUGGAGAGAAACCGUACAUGUGCUCACAAUGUGGGAAGAGUUUCUAUGUUUCAGGAACCUUGAAAGACCAUGAGAGAAUUCAUACUGGAGAGAAGCCGCACCAGUGCUCUUCAUGUGGGAAGAGUUUCAGACGAUCAUCUAAUCUACGGAUUCAUGAGAAAAAGCAUUGCUCAUAGGUGUGAGCAAAGUUCACAUUCAGAUCCAUCACUUUCAAAUAAAUAGUUUAAUAUUCAGAUUUUUUUUUUUUUGUCAAGUUGUUUAGAGGUUGGAGCAUUAAGAACAAAUUGAAGACUUUUUUUGCAUUUAAGUCACACAGAAACUCUGUACUGAGAAAUAAAGAGGAAUGACGUGACUUAUUUAAUGAAUUAAUUUACUUGUUUACCUGAAAUCAAGGGGUCGUCGUUACAUUGAUCAAGUGUUGAAAUUAAAAAUGUAUAUUCAUUAAUUUAAACAUAUUUAGUUGUUCAGUCAAUCUAUCAAGUCGAAGUAUGAAACUGUAUGCCCAUUCCCAAAAUGCGCCUGAGAAAAGUUAGUAUAGAGAAUUCAAAUGCGGAUGCGCGGGAGUUGGGAGAGCGGUGCAGAAUCAGCCGGUGAUACUGAAAGGCCUGCUGAAGUGAAAAUACCUGUGUUCAUUUGGACAGGGCCUCAGUGCGAUCCUGCCUAUCCCUUCACUAACUGCAUGUUAAUCGAUAACGAAUUGUGAUUGGAUUGUAAUUUUGUGCUACGACAAGCUUGGCUACCUUAGUAGGCUGAAAUUAUAUUCAACCCGCCAAAGUGGCUAGUGGGAGUGGCUGUCUUACCCGCCACAGCUGAAAUCUACCCGCAUUUGGCAGGUUGGUAAUGUAGUAUAUGCUUAUAUCUCUUAAAUGUGAAUUUUGUCAUUGUUUUGGAACACACCAGCUUAUUCAUAACCUUAACAUAUUCAUACUAAGCUAAAAAGCUUAAAUUUUGAUUUCAGGGGUACUUGAAGGCCGACACAGUCAUUCUCAACUUAGAAGACAUAUUAAUCGUCGCAAGUUUCAAGACACUGUGGUGAGUAUAGUGUGUUGGCUUUGCUUUAGGACCUGGCAUAAAUUAAUAGGCACUUUGUAGAAUCGCGAGUAAUUGCUUUUAUUUUCGUGUUUUCUGGUUAGUAUCCCCACUAACGUUACCCUAUUUAUUUUCCUUGUGUCAUAUACUGUAUAAAAGUUUUAGAUCAACUUCUAAAUGUAUGUGCGCCAUCCGCCAUGCGACUGCUGAAUACAGUGAGUUUGCCUUCGGCCCUUUGGGGACUUAUUGCCUCAAACACAUAGAGCACAUGUUUUUUUUAUUCCUCCAUUAAUUUUUUAGCUCGUGUCAGUAACUGUCAGCAGUCCUGAAAGUUGGGUAUAUUUACAUACACAAAAUAAACGAUAAAGCAAAAUCUAUAUUGAUUGAUUUUCAUCCUCAGUAAUAUAAAGUGUGAUGCAGGGGAACUUUGCUAUUAAUGUUAUUUUACUUUCUUUUUAUUUCUUAGGUUUUUAAUCAGUGCCAUUUUUGAAAGUUUUCUUCACCACAUCAAGACAUGCAUAAGACUUGGUAUAUAUAUAUUGUUCAUCCUUGUUUGAAACAAGGUAUUUUCACCAAAUAUCGAUCCUGUUGGAAUUGAUUUGUUAAUAAAGUGAUGAUA